CACAAAGACAGAGGGCAGCUGCACCAUGGAACCAGCCAAUAAAUCCGAAAUAUCUCCAAGCAGCUUCUUGCUGAUGGGCAUCCCAGGGCUAGAGCACUUGCACGUCUGGAUUGGGAUUCCCUUCUGUUCCAUGUAUGUGGUGGCUGUGGUGGGGAACGUGACCAUCCUGGCUGUGGUGAGGGCAGAGCGAAGUCUCCACGAGCCCAUGUUUCUGUUCCUGUGCAUGCUCUCAGUGACUGACCUGGUGCUGUCCACUUCCACGCUGCCGCGCAUGCUCUGUCUCUUCUGGCUGGGAGCCCACCACAUAGCCUUUGAUGCUUGCCUGGCUCAAAUGUUCUUCAUCCACAGCUUUACUGCCAUGGAAUCAGGCUUCUUCUUGGCCAUGGCCAUUGACCGGUACGUGGCCAUCUGUGAACCACUGCGCCAUGCCACAAUUCUCACCCACAAUCGCAUUGCCAAAAUGGGAGCUGCUGUGCUGGUGCGGGGAGUAGCCUUCUUUUCCCCACACCCCAUCCUGCUCAAGCAGCUCCCCUACUGCAGAACUCGAAUCAUCGCACACACCUACUGCGAGUUCAUG